AUGACUGACGUCGCGACUCCCGAGGUCCUCUGGGCGCAGCGCUCGUCCGGCACCGACCCCGAAGCCAACUUCAUCUACCUAACAAUCAACGUGCCGGACGUGCCCAAGGGGCAGUUCGAGCUGGACCUGCAGCCGAGCGGGCUGAGCUUCAAGGGCACGUCCAACACGCUGAAGCGGACGUACCAGGUCAAGCUCGACUUCUAUGCCGACAUCGACCCGGCAGCCAGCCGCGUCAAUCACUCGGAGCGCGACGUUGAGCUGAAGCUGCGCAAGAAGGACCUCAACGAGGAGUACUGGCCGCGCCUGCUCAAGGAGGCCAAGAAGCUGCACUUCCUCAAGACCGACUUUGAUAAGUGGGUGGAUGAGGACGAGCAGAACGAGGCGACCGAGGACGACUUUUCCAACUUUGGUGGUGCUGGCGGUCCGGGUAUGGCUGGGCUUCCGGGCAUGGGCGGCGGCGGCGACUUUGGCGGGAUCGACUUCUCCAAGCUUGGUGGCGGUGGUGCCCCCGAUUUCGGGGCAGGUGAGGAAGAGGACUCAGACGACGACGACCUGCCGGCACUGGAGGGUGAGGAGGAGGAGGCUGCGGCUGCGGCGGCUGUGGGCACGGAAGAUGCCCCUGAGGCCGUCCCUGCGGCUGCAGAGGGCGAGAAGGCCGAGGAGGCAAAGGACGCGAAGGAGACUGCCAGCGCUUAG